ACUUCCGCUUUCCUCUGCGGCGCGCGUUCGGUUGUCGGCCCACUCGGGAUCAUGGCGGCUACGGCCACGAUGGCGACCUCGGGCUCGGCGCGGAAGCGGCUGCUCAAAGAGGAAGAUAUGACCAAAGUGGAAUUCGAGACCAGCGAGGAGGUGGACGUGACCCCCACGUUCGACACCAUGGGCCUGCGGGAGGACCUGCUGCGCGGUAUCUACGCUUACGGUUUUGAAAAACCAUCAGCAAUCCAGCAGCGAGCUAUUAAGCAGAUAAUUAAAGGGAGAGAUGUCAUCGCACAGUCUCAGUCUGGCACAGGCAAAACGGCCACCUUCAGUAUUUCUGUCCUCCAGUGUUUGGACAUUCAGGUUCGUGAAACCCAAGCGUUGAUCUUGGCUCCAACGAGAGAGUUGGCGGUGCAGAUCCAGAAGGGCCUGCUCGCUCUGGGUGACUACAUGAACGUCCAGUGCCACGCCUGCAUUGGGGGCACCAACGUCGGGGAGGACAUCAGGAAGCUGGACUACGGCCAGCACGUGGUCGCCGGCACGCCCGGGCGCGUCUUUGAUAUGAUUCGCCGCAGAAGCUUGAGGACACGUGCUAUCAAGAUGUUGGUUUUGGAUGAGGCUGAUGAAAUGCUGAAUAAAGGUUUCAAAGAGCAGAUCUACGACGUGUACAGGUACCUGCCCCCAGCCACGCAGGUGGUGCUCAUCAGCGCCACGCUGCCGCACGAGAUCCUGGAGAUGACCAACAAGUUUAUGACUGACCCCAUCCGCAUCUUGGUGAAACGUGACGAGUUGACUCUAGAAGGCAUCAAGCAGUUUUUUGUUGCUGUGGAGAGAGAGGAGUGGAAGUUCGACACCCUGUGUGACCUCUAUGACACGCUGACCAUCACCCAGGCCGUCAUCUUCUGUAACACCAAGAGGAAGGUUGACUGGCUGACAGAGAAGAUGAGGGAAGCCAACUUCACCGUGUCGUCCAUGCACGGGGACAUGCCCCAGAAGGAGCGGGAAUCCAUCAUGAAGGAGUUCCGGUCGGGCGCCAGCCGCGUGCUCAUUUCCACGGACGUGUGGGCGCGGGGGCUGGACGUGCCCCAGGUGUCGCUCAUCAUCAACUACGACCUGCCCAACAACAGGGAGCUGUACAUCCACAGAAUCGGGCGCUCAGGGCGCUACGGCCGGAAGGGCGUGGCCAUCAACUUCGUGAAGAACGACGACAUCCGCAUCCUCAGGGACAUCGAGCAGUACUACUCCACCCAGAUCGACGAGAUGCCCAUGAACGUUGCUGAUCUCAUAUGAAGAAUUUGCACACCGGAGGCUGUCCACCUCUUUUGUACUCAAUUUGGAAAACAAUGGGGUUUAUGUGAACUCUCAAAGCUCCCCCAGGACAGGGUCUGGGGAUCCUGCCAUCUUUUCUUACCCACGUGUAAAUAAUGCAUUGCUCGAAAUGAGUCUUUUUCAUUAAACAUUGGAAAGUUUUCCCAUAAA